CGUACAAUUGAAGAAACUGUUAAAACAUGUCAAGUGGACAUUUAAUUUUGCAGUGCCUUCUUGUACUUGCUUUACUGAUGAGAAAUACGGUGCGCUUUUUGAAAUACAAUAAAUAAAAGUUAGAAGAUGUGAGCAAUGUAAAACUCAAAUAACGUUGAUUUUGUACUGAAAGAUGUCUCAACCUGGAGCAAAGAAAGGAGGAGGCAAAGGCCCCCCCAAAGAAACCAAAAAUGAAGAAAAUAAAGAAGCCAGUGCCAAUAAAGCAGGUACCAACAAAGACACCAAGGAGAAAGACAAAGAUGAAACCGCCAGUAACCCUGAGGGAGAUGAGGGGCCAAGUUCAAAACCUCAAAGUGCAGGAUCCAACGUCAGGGAUGCAGCACAAAGGAUUUUGUCACUAUGCCAAAAAGGAGAAUGGGCGCCAGUGGAUCAAAUCCUCAAGUCGAUGGAGAAAGCUAUCGCCAAUGCUGGAGAAGAGGCAAACUACGUUCCUCUGGCUGGUGUCCUCGAUUUGGCAACCGGGAUGACACCUCUCAUGUAUGCAGUGAAAGACAAUAGAACGUCUCUGAUUGAUAGACUGAUCGACUUGGGAUCUGAUGUGGGAGCACGGAAUAAUGACAAUUACAAUGUGCUGCAUAUCUCUGCAAUGUAUUCAAGAGAGGACGUUGUUAAACUAUUACUCACGAAGAGAGGCGUUGAUCCCUAUUCCACGGGAGGUAGUCGAACCCAAACAGCCGUUCAUCUGGUAGCGUCUAGACAAACAGGAACAGCAACUUCCAUUCUAAGAGCUCUACUUCAAGCAGCAGGAAAAGAUAUCAGACUGAAAACAGACGGG